GGCCGCCUCCUCCGCCGCCUGGCUGGUUCUUUCUCCAGCACACACCUGAUCGUUGCAACUCUCGGACCGGCUGAGCUGCAAAAUGGCCUCUGUGAACAGCGGCGUCGAGAAGACCCUCAGCAAGCUCCAGAAAUCAGUCGAAGAUGGCAAUUACUACGAGGCCCAUCAAAUGUACAAUUCAAUCUGCCAGAGGUACUUGAAGCAGAGAAAGGUCCAAGAAGCUGUCCGACUGGUUCAUUCUGGAGCACUCAACCUUCAGGCAGUGCGGGAGUUUGGCAGCGCCCUGGAUCUAUGCAACCGCCUCUUGGAGAUCUACGACGGCCAAGGCUUCGAGCUCAAUGACCAAAACCGAGCGCUCCUGGUGGAGUUAUUUGACGGCUUUCCAGUGGACGAGCCCAAGCUGAAAGAUUUUAUCAAGUCGUCUCUCAAAUGGUCGACCAAGGCCGGGGCUCCUGCAACAGGCGACCCAGUUCUUCACCAUGUAUUUGGAUUGCGCUUCUAUCGAGAACGCUACUAUUAUGACGCUGAACACCACUUCCUUCAAGGCCCUUUGGAAAGUGCAAAGGCAGCCGGAUACAUGGCUGCGGAAUGGUCUCAACUCGACACCCAUCUGGAUCCAGCAUAUCCCAUUGCACGAACGGCUCUGGCCUUAUUGGCAGUGAACAAACCCUCCUCAGCUUCGUCUGCUCUGGACUCUUAUCUCCAGAAACUUAACUCCGAGCCCCAGGGUGCCAAAGUAGAUGCCGACUCUGUGUCGAUUCAACUGCACCGCUCUCCCCUCAUCAACUUUAUCAAGUUUAUUCUUAUGGCCGUGGAGAGGUCUGUCAGCGCCUCGAGCGAGUUCCUUCGUAUCCGUGCAAAGUACCAGGACCUCCUGCAAGUGGAUCCCGCGUUCACUGUGUAUGUCGACAAAAUUGCGGCCAUUUACUUUGACUUGGGCCCAAAACGGCAAUCCAAUCCAUUUGAGGAGAUUAUGAGAUCACUCCUCGGAGGCGGCUCUCAGCCACAAACGUCCCGACGGAUCGGUGGGGGGAUAUAGGUGCCCCUCCUGGCCGAUCCAACCCAGCAACACACCAACGUGCCCGAGGAUUGGCCAAGACUGAACAAUAUGCAGCAAAGUCGCUGCAGCCGCAUUCAUUGCGCAAUUUCGGUGUACAGCUCGGCAACAACUUGAGCAAUAAAAAAGCCUCGUGGGCCCUGUCCAACCGGGAUGGCCAUAUUUCGAAGGAUGGCCUUCCUUCGCGCUCGACGGCGAAGCAGCGAG